AUGAACAUCCCUUAUACUGCUCAUACACUACCUGAUCCUCAAAACACUAUCAUCUUCGAGAUCGACACCAUUGCUCGUAGAGAACCGCGGCUCAUGUCCGCAUAUCAAUACCUCGUUGACGUCAAGCGGUACUGUCACAACGGAGUUGGAGAGGCACUCGUAACAAAAAUCGAGUUCAGGAAGUCCACGGGGAGUCCACAGCACGAAUUUCUGCUCUGCUACGUCAAGGACCGUAACGUUCCCGAGAGGAAAGUCUUCAUUCGCCUAGAGCGAUUUAAUGAUAACACCUCUUCAGGACGAGAGAAUAAACCUCCCCUUCCGCUACCUGCCACGGAGCUCCUCUCUCUCGACGCCUUGCACAGCUCCUCCCCCUCCUCCUUUGGCAAGGCGCGCGAUACCCUUACUAUCACCUGCGACAUAAACGUCAAAGACUCUGAUACCGUGCUCUCUACUUUGACAUUUGACGAUGACUCUGAUUUCACAUUCGAUGAGGCCGCGAUGAUGUGUAAGAUUGCCAGCGAUUGUGCGAACGAGUACAGUGUUGUCAGUCACCAGUGUUUCUGGUAUGCCGGGGUAAUCUACAAGAUUGUUCAAGAGACAUAUAUGGGGCGUGUCGAGGAGAUGACGGGUGAGGACAACAGGCGCAGGGGCAAGGGCAAGGGCGUGAGGAUAGUCAGCAGAGAGGUCGCGAAUAGAUUUAUUCCGCGUUGCCAUACCUCCGAAGUCCUUGCCGAGAUUCAUGCCAAGCAAUGGUCCGAGUGGGCGGGGGAUAUUGAGGCUGCGAAAGAAGAAGAAAAGAGAAAAAAUGAACAGUAUCAGCAAGAGUGUGACAGGAAGGACGAAGAGAUUGCCAGAUUGCGCAAAGCACUACAGGCACAAAGAGGGGGGAGCUGUGCGACAUACUAG